AUGGGUCGCACGUCACGUACCGAGACGCGGACGCCCAGCUAUGGCAUCGUCUUAGAUACAGGCGCCGCGUUUGUUCAUGUCGGCCUAGCUUACCAACCUGAUGUACAUACCAUUCCCAAUGCGAUUGCGCGCACGCGACCAGGCGUGCGCCGGCAAGUCCUGGUCGGCGACCUGAUCGAGUCCGACUGCCUCGAUUACGGCGGAUUACAACUGCGGCUCCCUAUGGACCGCGGCAUGAUCGUGGACUGGGCCGCGCAGAAAAACGUAUGGGACCGCGCGCUCGUACGUGCCCUAGGCUGUGCCUCCGACACGUUCGGCGCGCUGCGUGGGCGAACGGUGAUCGUGACCGAGCCCUACUUUCUCCUGCCCGAGCAGCAAAAGGCAUUUGAUGCGCUACUGUUCGACUGGUACGAAGCUGAUGCAAUAUGGCGCGCUGUGCCCGCGCAACUCGUGCCAUGGGCCCUUAUGCCACGCUCCGAAGCGAUGCUGGUCGUCGAUCUCGGGCAUAGCUAUACGCAUGCUGUGCCCAUUGUACACAAUGCCGUGCAAUGGGACGCUGUACGCCGCCUAGAUAUCGGCGGCAGAGUGCUCACACACAUCCUCAAGACCAUGUUCUCGUACCGUCAAUGGAAUAUGAUGGACGAGACCUACUUGACCGACAAAAUUAAGGCUGCUACUUGCUUUGUCGCAGCCUGCGAAAAGACGGACGAGCCGGCCAUCCCCAUGGCGGACAGACCGCCUCAUACAUGGAGCUUUGCGCAGCUGGUCGACCUGUUUCACACGCACAAGGACAACGAUGUAGUCCAGCAGUACGUCUUGCCGGAUUACGCCACACCGGACGACGUCGCUGAUCCUGCGACCAAGUACGGCUACAUUGUGUCAGGACCUCCUGCACCGACUGUCUCUGUGCUACCUGAUGAAGCCCUGGACGAUUUCAUCGCCUCUCCAUGGACCAAGCCAUCGUCCAAGCUCCGAGACGAGCACCAAGUCCUUCGACUCGGCCAAGAACGAUACCAACUCUUUGAAUACCUCUUUGCCCCCGACCGACUUGGCUUGGAUCAAGCACCCUUGCCUGAACUGAUUGCAGAUGCGAUUCAGCAUACGGAUCCCUCGGCGCGCGAUAUGCUCUGGAGCAACGUGGUGCUCAUAGGCGGCUCUGCUCGUGUCCCCGGCCUUGUCCCACGACUCCAACGUGAGCUACGCAUGUGGGCCCCAGACGACGUGCCCGUGGCCGUGCAUCGUGUGGAUGAUCCUAUGGAGACACCAGUCCGAGGUGCACAAGUGCUAUUGCAGUCGCCCCCCACAUCGGACGCUGGCAAAUUCCUCAGUUCGCACCUCGUGACGCGCCAGGCUUAUCAGCAACGAGGCGGCAGUCAAGCGCCGCCAGGCGAACGUGGCGGCACAGCGUUGGGCGACGAGCGAUUCGGCAGCUGGACGACGUCUUCCCCUACAUCCUAG